AUGGGGGAAACAUUGAUUUUAACUGACUCAGAAGAAAAAUCCGUGUUGUCUCUCCAUUUUGUGGUGACUGCUAACCUUAUAACAAAUGCUAACCGGUACAUCUUAUUCUUGAAAAUUGACAUUUUUGGAGCAGAAAUAUUGCGUGUAACUACACUGUUGGGGAAUGCAUCAGUUUUAGGUCAAAGUGGGCUUGAACAUGCUAGCCCCCUGGCUUCUGGAGGAAUGUUUUCAAAUGGAGGUGCUGAUGUGAACGGAUGGGCUUCACGGUUUCAAUCAGAAAUGUCAGGUUUAUUACAGCCUUCAUCAACACAAAACUGGCUUAAUUCUCCAAGUAGCUCAUCUGGUCUAAUUGUUAAGCGAACAAUCCGAGUGGAUAUUCCAGUGGACAAAUAUCCUAAUUAUAACUUUGUUGGACGGUUGCUGGGCCCUAGGGGGAACUCUCUUAAACGAGUGGAAGCAACUACUGAGUGCCGUGUUCUGAUUAGGGGCCGUGGUAGCAUAAAAGAUCCGACGAGGGAAGAAAUGAUGAGAGGAAAGCCAGGGUAUGAACAUUUGAACGAGCCUCUUCAUAUUCUGGUGGAGGCAGAACUACCAGUUGAAAUUAUUGAUGCUCGUUUAUCGCAAGCACGUGAGGUACUUGAAGAUUUACUCAGGCCUGUGGAUGAGUCUCAGGAUUUCUACAAGAAACAGCAGCUGCGAGAGUUGGCGAUGCUCAAUGGUACACUUCGUGAAGAGGGUUCUCCAAUGUCUGGUUCUGUGUCACCCUUCCACAACAGUCUUGGUAUGAAGAGGGCCAAAACCAGGGGGUAA